AUGCGGGUCGGUCAGGAGCAACUUUCCCAUCUCAACGUGGUCGUGGACAAGCGUGUCAACGACAGAACCUUCAUCUAUCUCUAGGAGCAAGCUACCGCCCACGGCAUCACUCCUUGAAACUUGGCGUCAGCUGGCAUUACACGAGGACACCAUGUCCAGCGGCAAUGUGGAACUCCUGUGCGAAAAUGUGGAAAUCCUGGAUUACGAACCCGAGGGCGAGGCUCCCACCGCAGAGCAGUUUCCAGCGG